AUGGCGAUCACUAUUCUCCCUCCCGUUGUGGAGGAUGUCACUGUCCCAUAUCCCGAUUCAGACCUCGAUUCGAUGUCGAUAGAUUCAGACGGCGGAGUCGGGUUGGCCGCAGAACGGGCCUCUCGCCCCAGCAAACGGCCUCGUCUUGUGGAAGGAACAAAGGUUGGCGCAGGGAUCGUGACUCCUGGUGAUGUCGUGACGGAUGAUCCGCAGUGGAUGAGAGGUCACGGUACCUACGCAAACCCUCUGUCGACGUCCAUCAUUGCCACCGUCGCCGGUACGGUACAGAAAACCAACAAGUUACUCUCCGUCCAGCCUCUGCGAGCCCGGUAUACCCCCGAAAUCGGCGAUCUGGUGGUCGGGCGCAUUGUGGAGGUCCAGUCACGACGAUGGAAGGUCGAUGUCGCCGCGCCGCUGCUUGCCCAAUUACCACUCUCUGCCAUCAACCUGCCGGGCGGUAUCCUGCGUCGGCGGACAAGCGCGGACGAGUUGCAGAUUCGGACCUUUUUCAGCGAAGGAGAUUUGGUAGUUGCGGAGGUUCAGAGCGUGCAUUCAGAUGGCGCCGCAUCGUUACAUACGCGGUCGUUAAAAUACGGGAAGCUCAGGAAUGGUGUUUUCCUGGCUGUUGCGGGCACUGGUGGAAGCGGCGCUUCGAGCUCGACGGUGAAGGGGGCUGCCGGGACGGGAACAGCACCUGCGGGCACAUCGGGGACUGGUGGUGUGGUGCGCUCUCGACGACAGGUCUGGUCAAUCAGCACCGCCAACGGCGGCGGCGAUGUCAAUAUCAUCCUUGGGGUGAACGGGUACAUCUGGAUUGAGAAGCUCGCCGAUGGGGCAGCCGCGGCAUCUUCCACGACGGAAAGUGUGUCGAUCACACGAAUGGAGGAAAUGGUAUCCAGCUCGAUCUACUCCAGCCAGAAUGAUGAGAUCCCGCCGCAGACCCGACGGGAGAUUGCCCGGCUGGCGCAAUGUAUCCAUGUUCUGGUCCAUGGGGGCAUCCGCGUGGAUGAAGACACGGUGAUGGCGGCCUACGAAGCUAGUUUACAGGUGGAUCUGGAGGUUGGAGACGAUGAGGAUGAGGAUGACCGGAGAAAAGAAGGACGGGAGUAUCUCGAGGGCGACAAAUCCCAAAGAAUUCUCGAACUGGUCAUGGCACAGCAGUAG